CGGUCCGAGCCCUGCGGGAGCGGACAGACCGACCUCCUCCGAGCCGCGGCGCGGCGGGCGGGGCGAGCGCGCAGCCGCCCGUGCGCUCCAAGGUCUUUCUUCCCGCAGGAGCUGAGUUGGAGGCGGAAAAGAACCCAGACAUCCCCCCGCGACCCUGGGCCGCGGCCCCCGCUGAAGGAGUCAACUUCCAGGCGGUCCGAGUCCUCGGGUCAUUAGCUCCGCGGCGGCCCCGGAGGGGCAAGUCGGCGCCUCUAAGUGGCUCAGUUCGCAAGUGGCGCGACCGAGGCUCCCGAGGCGGCCGCGACGGCCCCCUGCGCUCCUCCGCCCCCGGCUGGAUGUACAUCGCUCUCCGGAGCCCAUCUUGGCACAGCCUGCGGGGCAGCAACCCCAGCCCCUCUCGACAUGGAAAUGCACUGAUUCCGCGGGCAAAAGAGACCCUCGACUGCGUCCCCGGGUUCCAGGUGGCCUGCCUGGGGCGGUUCGUUCCCGACCUUCUCCCGGUGAUGGAGGAUUCAGGCAUCCAGCGAGGCAUCUGGGAUGGAGAUGCCAAGGCUGUCCAGCAAUGUCUGACAGAUAUUUUUACCAGUGUUUACACCACCUGCGACAUCCCCGAGAAUGCUAUAUUUGGUCCCUGCAUCCUGAGCCAUACUUCCCUGUAUGACAGCAUAGCUUUCAUAGCUCUCAAGUCCACGGACAAGAGAACAGUCCCCUAUAUCUUCCGGGUAGACACCUCAGCGGCAAAUGGUUCUUCAGAAGGUCUCAUGUGGCUGCGACUUGUCCAAUCAGCCCGAGAUAAAGAAGAGCAGAACCUCGAGGCCUACAUAAAAAACGGACAGCUGUUCUACCGUUCUCUCCGCAGGAUUGCCAAAGACGAGGAGUUACUAGUUUGGUAUGGGAAAGAACUGACUGAGUUACUCUUGCUCUGCCCCUCUAGACCCCACAGCAAAAUGAAUGGGUCGUCCCCGUACACAUGCCUGGAGUGCAGCCAGCGUUUCCAGUUCGAGUUCCCCUACGUGGCGCAUCUGCGCUUCCGCUGCCCCAAGAGACUGCACAGCGCGGACGCCAGCCCGCAGGACGAGCACGGCGGCGGCGCGGGCGCCAAGGAUCGCGGGGGCGGGGGCGGCGGCAAGGACCAGCCGCAGGCGCCGCAGGAGGCGUCCCUGGGCGCCGGCCCCAAGUUCGGCAAAGCGGGCCCGGUGCACCACUACCCGGCCCCCUCCCCCGAGGGCAGCGGCCAGCCCGCGGCCGGCGGCGGCGCCAAGCCCUCCACGGACUUCCACAACCUGGCCCGGGAGCUCGAGAACUCGGGCGGCGGCCACACCUGCUCCCCGGGCCGGGGCCUCGGCGGCGGCCAGCAGGAGGCGGAGCUGAGCCCCGACGGCAGCGCCCCGGGCGGCGGCAAGGGCAAGCGGAAAUUCCCGGACGAGGCGGCGGAGGGCGGCGGCGGCGCGGGGCUGGCGGGGGCGCGGGGGCGCUUCGCCGAGCGGCCGCCGCCCGCCUCCAAGGAGGACCUGGUGUGCACGCCGCAGCAGUACCGCGCCGCGGGCAGCUACUUCGGCCUGGAGGACAGCGGCCGCCUGUUCGCGCCGCCCAGCCCCGAGACGGGCGAGGCGAAGCGCAGCGCCUUCGUGGAGGUGAAGAAGGCGGCGCGCGCGGCGGGUCUGCAGGAGGACGCGGCCGACGGGGGCGGCGCGGCCGCCGACGACCAGGACGCGGGGGGCGGCGGCGGCGGCGGCGGCGGCCCCUCCACGCCCGUGGCCGCCUCUCCGGCGGGCGCCGACAAGCUGCUGGCCCCGCGGCCCGGGGGCCCCCUGCCCAGCCGGCUGGAGGGCGGCAGCCCGGCGCGGGGCAGCGCCUUCACGUCGGUGCCGCAGCUGGGCGGCGCGGGCGGCGCGGGCGGCGCGGGCGCGGGCGCUGGGGCGGCGGGGGGCGGCGGCGGCGGCCAGGGGCCCGGGCCGGACGAGCGCAAGAGCGCCUUCUCGCAGCCCGCGCGCUCCUUCGCGCAGCUGUCGCCGCUCGUGCUGGGCCAGAAGCUGGGCGCGCUCGAGCCGUGCCACCCCGGCGACGGCGUGGGCCCCGCCAGGCUCUACCCCGCCGCGGCCGACCCGCUGGCCGUGAAGCUCCAGGGCGCCGCGGACCUGAACGGCGGCUGCGGGGCGCUGGCGGGCGGCGGCGGCGGCGGCGGCGGGGGCGGCGGGGGCGGCCUGCCCAAGCAGAACCCCUUCCUCUACGCCACCGCCUUCUGGCCCAAGAGCUCGGCGGCCGCGGCGGCGGCGGCGGCGGCGGCGGCGGCCGCGGGGCCCCUGCAGCUGCAGCUGCCGUCGGCGCUCACGCUGCUGCCGCCGUCCUUCACGUCGCUGUGUCUGCCCGCGCAGAACUGGUGCGCCAAGUGCAACGCGUCCUUCCGCAUGACCUCCGACCUGGUGUACCACAUGCGCUCGCACCACAAGAAGGAGUACGCGAUGGAGCCCCUGGUGAAGCGGCGGCGCGAGGAGAAGCUCAAGUGCCCCAUCUGCAACGAGUCCUUCAGGGAGCGCCACCACCUCUCCAGGCACAUGACCUCGCACAACUGACCUGAGAGGACCCCGGCUCUCCGCGCGCGCGCGCAGCCGAGCCGCCUGGGGAAAAACACGCGAGGACACCCACCACCUCCUCGUGACCUGGAACGCUGCGCCCAGACACCCAGCGCACACGCUCAAGCGUCCACGGGCCGCCCCGACCUUUCCCUUCCAUGUUUCCCUGCACCUUCGUUCCACGCGCACGCACACGCACACGCACACGACAGGAUGGUGGAUCUUUGAUUGGGUGGGUUGUUCGAGGGGUUUUCUUUUGAAUGCACGCAUUUUCACUUUCCAAAAACAAAGGUACAUUUUUUAAAAUGUCAUAUAUUGCAACAUAUUGAUGCAUUUGUCAUACGUUUCUACUUAAAUUAUUAAGCACUUACGGUUUAGAUGUAAUAAUUAUAUGUAAGGGCAAAAUUUAUUUUGGAUAUAAAGUAAAGGAGGGGGUGAGAUGCUUUCUGCAUUUCUUGAUGACGGUUUGUGUUCUUACAAAAACAGAUAAAAUGAAGAAAAAGGGGUCACCAUUCAAUUUCAGUUUCCAGGGGGAAGUGCAUGGAUCAUGAAAUGAUUAUGAACUUCAAUGAAGAAUGUCAUCAUUAUGUAAAUAUGUAUUUGCUUUUAAUACAAAGUGUAAUUUUGUGCCAGUGAAAUGGAGUCUGAAUAGUUAUGUGUUUCUUUUAUCCCUGGAAAGAUUUAUUAAACUUUAUAGAUUAUCCAGGUAUGUUGGAUGCUUUGACAAUAAAUGACUAUUUUCU